ACACCACCUGUAAAUGAAAUAAUGGAUUAGCUAUUCAACUUGAUCUAUCAGAAAAGUGAGUUGGAACAUGAUUGUCAGAUAUCUAAUUUUAGAAUAAAAAGAUUGUGAUAUAGCAGACGGCAAAAGGCACACACACAGCUAAAGACACUCAUGAACCACAGAACUCGAGAAAUCUAACUUAAUUCAGAUGGAUGCUUGUAUCAUAUGAAACAUCUAUACGUAUCUAUGAUGGAAAUAAAAAAAAGCUAUCAAAAUCAUUUUUGUAUGUGAAUUGAUUUAGUGAUUUUAGUUUCACUAGCAUGGGGGGUACAAUGUGCCACCAGUGCAUGCCGUUGGUAUUCACAUGUCCAUCCCAUUAGGUACGAAUCCUGUGCCUAGCAUGAAUCAUGUUUCUAGUACCGUACAUGUCGAUCACUAUGGUUCAUCAUGGUCGCUUUGGUCAGAACGUGCCACUUAUGCUUAAAUAGUAUUAUGCUGCACAAUAUUCCCAGAUCUGAACAUACAUCCGGGAAUAUAUGUUCUGACUUCUACUUUGUAUGAGGAAUAAGUGUCAGAUAAGUCUUUCUAUCUUUUACUUCUCAAUCUUUCCUCAACAUAAAUAAAUGCCUAGAAAUUGGUCAUUAUGCAACUAAAUUAUGUUUGAGAGCUGUCGCUACUUAUUUUAUGCAAUUUCUUUAGCAAAUGAGUGCAAAUUCUUAAUACUUUAUGCUAAUGCAUUUACUUGGAAAUUUGUUCUUGAAGCCUCCUACAGUUGGUCAAUUGUGUGAGGAUGAAUAUAGUAAAAUCAAAAGGGAAUGGCAUUGAGAAAUCCUUGUCCAUCGAAGAGCGGAAAGCUAAGAUAAAUGAAGUUCGUGAAAUCUUGGGUCCAAUGGUCAAUAUGCUUCCAAACUUCUGUUCAGAUGCUUCGGUAUCGAGGUAUCUACGUGCAAGAAACUGGAAUGUGGAAAGGGCAAGUAAGAUGCUGAAGGAAUCUCUGAAGUGGAGAUUGGAAUAUAAGCCAGAAACCAUUCGCUGGGAGGAUGUUGCUCAUGAAGCUGAGACUGGAAAAAUCUACAGGGCUGACUACCUUGACAAAAAUGGAAGAGCUGUUCUUGUUAUGAGGCCUGGAUUUCAGAAUACUAGCUCAAGUGAAGGACAAAUCAGAUACCUGGUCUACUGUAUGGAGAAUGCCAUUUUCAAUUUAGCAGCAAAUCAGGAGCAAAUGGUGUGGCUCAUAGAUUUUCAAGGCUGGACUAUGGCAAGUGUAUCAGUAAAAGUGACUCGUGAAACAGCUCAUAUUUUGCAGGACUACUAUCCCGAAAGGCUGGGACUGGGAAUCCUGUAUAAUCCUCCAAGGAUUUUUGAAUCAUUUUGGAAGGUAUGGCCUUAAUUUCACAUGCUAUAUCAUCCACAAAACCUACUUUUCUUGGAGUAAACUAACAAAAACAAAAUCAUAGAUUAUCCAAAAGUGAUGCUAGAACAAAAAAAAUCAUAUACCUCUGAUUUUUUGUCUCUAAAUAACAUAUAAAUAUAUGUGUGUAUAUAAUACAUAUAUGUCUAUUUAAUGCAUUUGGAUGAAAUUUAACAGCUUUACAUCUUUUAGAUUUCCUUAUGUGUAAAAGUUUAUUUCUGCCUCUUCUCCUAUUUUGCAGAUGGUGAAGCCCUUUCUUGAGCAUAAGACUCACAAAAAGGUGAAAUUUGUUUACUCUGAUAACACGGAGAGUCAGAAAAUAAUGACUGACCUCUUCGAAAUGGACAAACUGGAAUCUGCAUUCGGGGGCCAUAAUCCAGCCGGGUUUGAUCUCAACAAGUAUGAUGAAAAGAUGAAAGAGGAUGAUCAGAAGAUGUCUGCUUUCAUGGAAUCAGCUUCUUCUGUCUUCUUCCAAGAACAAGCCCAUGUUUCUGUUCUCCAACCAGAGUUCUCAGUAACCAAACAUCAGUUAGAAUCCUCAUCUGAUUCAUCUCCCUCGAGUGAUGCUGAAUCUCCCAGAAGAGUAGAUACCAAGAUUUCAUCAGCAAACGAGAUGAAAGAACAACUGAACUGCAAGGACACCACAAUUGCUGAAUCAGGGGUUUCACAUCCGCUGAUCCAUAUGAAUGACUUUGCAUAAAUGAUGUAAUGUCUCUUCUUUGUUUAGUGCAGCUGUGUGCAUAAAAUCAGAAUAAAGUAUAUCCUCUGGCAACAGAAUUCUAUUUUCACAAAAUUUCCCAAUAUAAGAGAUUAGGCAAGCAAUACGAAGGGCAGCUUUUGGUUGGUGUGCUGGCAAGUAAAAGGUACAAUUAUAGGUUGGCAUUAGACCCUAUUUUCCCUUUGUAUUGUGAAUUUUUGAAAAGUUGGCAGAUAAAAACCAUAUCACCAGUAAACAACAUUGCAAUUGAGAUUGAUGAAUAUGCAUGGAUCUCAAUUUACUCAUGUAACUGGACAGUUUUUUCUUAUAAAGUUCCAUGUUUUGUAGAA